AUGGCGUCCGAGAGUGACCAAGACAGCGCAUCUGCAUCUGCAUCUGCAUCUGCCGCGACCGGGGGCCAAUCAAAGCGCCCUCCCCUCAACCAUCACGCCAGCGACCACAGCGACGCCAACACCGUCACCUCCUCAGGCCAUCCGCAUCACCGCCCAAAACACCAGAAACAGCGCCACGUUGGCCGCCUCCACGGCCGUGUGCCCUCUUCCAGCAAGGUUUUGCACAAGCCGCACAACAGCUCGUCCAGAAUCAAUCUGGGCAGGAAGCAGGGCUCCCCAACCGACCUCGAGGCCCAAUUCGCUCAACGACCUGUACCGCACCGCCGCGCGACCAGCGAGGUCAAAUUAACGCAGCCAGACUCAGCUACGGCCAUCCCCAAGAGCUUGUCUCAGGGCAACCUGAAGCGCAAUCGUUCGCACGUCGAGAUCAGCAAGCGCACCAAGUCCUCUUCCUCUGACAAGCUCAAACGCAGCGCCAGCGGUACCGGUAUUCACAAAGCCACCAAGUCCCAGGUUCACUUCGACCUCGGUUCGGAUGACCCAGAAGACGAAUGGGUUGAUGCCAGUGGCUCUAAUUCGCCUUAUUUGUCGCGAAAGGGCUCAUUAAAUAGCAGCACACAUUCUUCUUUCCCUCCCGGAGGCAGUGCGGCAAAUUCUCGCCCGCAGACUCCGAGCGCGUCGACUGCAGCGCCAGCGGCAUCAACAGUGCGACCGGAAUUAUCGUCAUCGCCCUCGCGUAAAGCAGCAGAGCGAAAAGAUUACCCGACGACGCGACUGCUACAAAGAACCUCAUCUCACGGCGCUCCACCUCAAAUGUCCACAGAAAUGGCAAAGGCUACUCCCACGCACAUAUCGCCUGCCUCGACCACCCACGAGCCCUCUCCGCCGACCGGAAGCCAACAAGAUGGACUUAUUUCGCGUUUCGUCGAAGUCCCUAGCUCAGGCCUCACCAGCGAGGGUUCAUUCUACAACCCCGUUCGCGGAGGAGGCUCUCACCGAUCUGAGGACCUUGUUCGGCGGCCGCACUCAAUGGCCAACUUAUCAAGAUCCCACGAGUAUCAUCCCAGCGAAGAUGUGUCGCCGAUAGAGAGUGAUAUUAGCGCUCUGGUACCUAAACCUACCAGAAGAACAGCCGCGCCCUCUACAAUCACAUCGCGUACACAACAGAAACUUAACUUGCAGCGCGCUAGCUCUUCUCUUGAGCCCGGACAAACCGUUCCUGGUCUUAGUGGAGCUGUAGGAACUGGACCCUUGAUCGGUAUUGGAGAUCCAGGACACGAUGGAGGCAACAGUCGGGACCCCCGUGUUACUAAGCUCUUAGAGCGGACGGGAAUGGAAUAUUUAGUCGUCCGGCGUCACCAGAAUCCCAUUGUCAGGUCCCUGAACCGCCUCAGCCGCAUCCCGGGAAUGGACAAGACUAAGAGGAUCCCUCGUACCAACACGGGCUCAACGACAGCCAGCAAACGGUCAACAGAUCCCACAGCUCGCCAUGUUCGAAACAUUAGCAUGCCCGAGGGACGCCAAGCACCUUCAAUCAAACGAACGGCUUCGGUGAAGACCAAUGGCGCAGGCUCGAGCUACGAAGGAGAUGAUUUGAGCCGACUAAACGAAAGACUUAGUGGCUCCAGUUUAGUUGGAGGCGAGGAGGAGGAUGGUAUGACCGCUCUCCUUCGCAACCUGUGGGAUAAGCCAAUGGAUCUCAGUGCCAGCACAGAUUGA